AUGACUGUUCGCGGAGACGAGCCCUUGGACCCCCCUGAGGAUGAUGAGGAGCUGACGCCCUCUGAGAAAUGGUGGAGGGACCACUACGAACUGCUUGAAAAGCAUGGUUAUCGCUUACGUCCACGUUAUCGACCAGAAUGGACUCCGUCUUGGAAGGGCACGGGAAAGAACCCUCUCCGCUUCGAGGAUAAUAUCUGGAACAAAACACGCCAUGUAAUUGACGCUACCUGUGUAAAGGACGCGAAGACAGUUUCCAUAAAGCGCAUCGCACGGAAUUCUCCAGAGUUGUCCAUCGCACUCUACUUGUCGGAUGUAGAAGGGUCAGAAACAUCUAUGAAUCAUUGUGUCCCAAUUCUCGAUCAUUUUAGCGAUUCACAAUUUGCAUUCCUUGUAAUGCCAGUGCUUCGCUGGUUCGAUGACCCUCCAUUCUUCUCCGUCGAUGAAGUCGUUGACUUCGUUCGCCAAACUUUGGAGGGCCUCAAAUAUAUGCACAGUAAAGGUGUAGCUCACAGGGAUUGUGCAAAAUUAAAUAUAAUGAUGGAUGCGACAACAAUGUAUCCAAAAGGGUUUCAUCCAGCAGCAAAGCUGAUGGAUCCCUCGGGUGUAAAGCCGGCACCUGUACGUCGUCGCCGUGACGUAUCAGGAGUCAAGUACUGUUUCAUCGACUUUGGAAUUUCUACACGCUUUGAUCCUAACGUAAAGGAGGAUGAACGGCGCGUUACUGGCAUAGACGGCUUAGAUCGUGAUGUUCCAGAGCUAUCUGCUAAUAUUCCGUACGACCCGUUUGCAGUCGAUGUUUUUAUUCUUGGGAACGUGUACCGGAAAAGUCUCCUCAACAAAUACGUCAACCUUGCUUUCUUAACGAGUUUGGUGGAUUCCAUGACCAGCAAAUACGCUGAAGAUAGACCGUCUGCUGCGCAAGCAUUGGAUCAGUUCCACAAUAUCUUGAAAUCCCAGUCUCGUAUUCUCCUCAGGUGGAGGCUCAAAGAGAAAGAUGCUGGGUUCGUGACACGUAUAUUCCAAGAUAUUGGUUCCGUUACACGGGAAGGAAUUUUUAUUUCAAGGACAAUCAUCAACUUGCCUUUGAAAUUAUUGCAUAACUAAUGCAGUUGAAUCUUAAUGCGGGUUUUAGCCCAGUAAAAUUGCAGUGAUGUAUUCCUCCAAUAUAUAAUUUUUUUUCAUAAAUACAUAAC